UUCGGUCUUCUCUCUCCCUGUCCUCACGCGUUUAAAAGUCAAAGUAAUCCACUUGCUCCUUCCAUUCCUCUUUCCUCCAUUUCCCUAUAAACUAAAAACUUCCAUUAAUAUACCCAUGCUGGAUUCCCUCGUUUGUACGUACUAUUCAAAUUAAAUCCUACUAUUUCUCUUUAUAUAUACCUUCACGCAUACUGUUUUCUUCAUCUUCCAAGCUUUACUUCAUAAAAUUCCUCGGAUGCUCUGUUUUCCUAGUUUUCCUGUAAACUUCCUUCUUCCCAGAAAAUUUUGCUGAUUCCUAGGACGGAGAAUCAUGGCAGGGGCCAGCGGAGGAAGAUCUUUGGAACAAACGCCGACAUGGGCUGUCGCCGUCGUCUGUUUUGUUUUGGUCGUAAUAUCGAUAUUCAUCGAGCACAUCAUCCACCUGAUAGGAAAGUGGCUGAAGAAGAAACAUAAAAGAGCUUUAUAUGAGGCGCUAGAAAAGAUCAAAUCAGAGCUUAUGCUAUUGGGAUUUAUCUCCUUGCUUCUAACGGUCGGACAAGGGAUAAUAUCGAAUAUUUGCGUAUCGCAGAAAGUUGGAGCGUCGUGGCAUCCAUGCAGCAAGGAAAAAGAACUCGAGUUGGAGGAAACGGAUUCUGAUGAUUCCAAUCGACGGAAGCUACUGAUGUUGUCGAACUCCGGUGAAACUUUCCGACGCUUUUUGGCGUCGGCUUCGUCCAAUUCCACUGAUAAAUGUGUAGCCAAGGGUAAAGUCCCAUUUGUAUCGUCGGAUGGUAUUCAUCAACUACACAUAUUUAUCUUCGUGUUGGCUAUUUUUCACGUGCUUUAUUGCGUCAUCACCCUGGUUUUGGGUAGAGCCAAGAUGAGGCGUUGGAAGCAUUGGGAAAUAGAGACAAGAACUGCUGAGUACCAGUUCUCUCACGAUCCAGAGCGAUUUAGGUUUGCAAGGGACACGUCAUUUGGGAGAAGGCACUUAAGCUUCUGGACCAACACACCUGCCCUCAUGUGGAUAGUUUGUUUCUUCAGGCAGUUUGUUAGAUCGGUUCCUAAAGUUGAUUACUUGACUCUGCGACAUGGAUUUAUCAUGGCACACUUGGCACCUCAAAGUCACCAAAGAUUUGACUUCCAAAAGUAUAUCAAGAGAUCAUUGGAGGAGGAUUUCAAGGUUGUUGUGGGGAUUAGCCCACCGAUCUGGUUUUUCGCUGUGGUAUUCUUACUCUUUAACACUCACGGCUGGAAAUCUUAUCUAUGGCUGCCAUUUAUCCCAUUGCUUAUCAUCCUACUGGUGGGGACGAAACUACAGGUGAUCAUAACCAAAAUGGCAUUGAGAAUCCAGGAGAGAGGAGAGGUUGUGCAGGGGGUGCCAGUGGUGCAGCCAGGUGACGACCUCUUCUGGUUCAACCGCCCUCGCCUCAUUCUCUACCUCAUCAACUUUGUUCUCUUUCAGAAUGCCUUUCAGCUUGCUUUCUUUGCAUGGGCUUGGUAUCAAUUCGGGUUGAAAUCUUGUUUCCACGACCAUACUGAGGAUAUUGUCAUUAGAAUCUCAAUGGGGGUCCUCAUACAAAUUUUGUGCAGCUACGUAACUCUCCCACUCUAUGCCCUUGUAACACAGAUGGGUUCAUCCAUGAAACCAACCAUAUUCAACGAAAGAGUGGCGGCGGCUCUACGCAACUGGCACCACACGGCGAGGAAGAACCUAAAGCAGAACAAGGGCUCGGUGACGGGGACCCCGAUGUCUAGCAGACCCGCCACCCCGUCCCACCACAUGUCCCCGGUUCACCUCCUCCGUCACUACCGGAGCGAGGCGGACAGCCUCCACACAUCACCGAGACGAUCCAAUUUUGACAUUGAGCAUUGGGAAACUGAAUCUCCGUCCCCCUCGCACCACCACCACCUGGUCGGCGAGGGUUCAUCCUCGCAUCACAACGGCCACCAAAUGGGCCAAACGAAUUAUAUUGAGUAUGAUGUAAAAGAGCUGACCUCAAGUCAAGUGGCUCCGCUUCCACAAACAGACCGCUUGGAACACCAAAUUGAUAUCGGCCCACCAAAGGACUUUUCAUUUGAUAAAAGAACAAGUUUGUGAUUAAAACAAUAGGAAAAAAAAAAAAAAGAAAGGAUCAUGUGGGAAUUUUCCUACAUUUCGUUGGUUGGAGAUGAUGACGAAGAUGGGAGUCAUGUUCGUACAAAUCCAAGUUCUUUAUUUGCUUGAUAUUCUUGUAUAGUGCUUAAUUGACAUUCUCUAAAUGAAAAAUUUUGGGGAAAAUUAGACAUUUAUAAUGAUUAUAUAUAAGUUC